GGAGAUCCCACCAUGGCAUGGGGACUCACCGCGCUCGCCGUGGUCGCCUUCCUGCUGCUUGCGAACGUGCUCGUUGAAACUGGUGCCCUGCAGUGUCCGGGGAUCACGAUCGUGUCCCGCAAUAGUUGGGGCGCGCGGCCUCCGCGAGUAGAGGUGGCCAUGAAAGACCCUCGAGCCGAGCACGUCUUCAUCCACCACACCACGGGGCCACAGUGCAAGCACAAGACCAGUUGCAUCCGACUCGUACGAAGUCAACAGAAACACCACAUGGACACCAACCGCUGGCCAGAUAUCAGCUACAACUUUCUAGUGGGCGGUGACGGCCUCGUCUACGAGGGCCGUGGCUUCGGACGCGAGGGCGCCCAUACUCAUGGCUACAACCGCGUGGGCAUCGCCAUUGCCUUCGUGGGAGACUACAACCGGGCCAAGCCAAGCCAAAGGAUGCUCCUUGCGGCCAAGAGGCUGAUCUCCUGCGGCGUCAGACAGGGAAUGAUCCGGAAAGGGUACUCACUGCAUGGUCACCGAGACGCCAACUGCACUACUUGUCCGGGCAACGUUCUCUACGACAUCAUCAAGACGUGGGCCAACUUCAAGGGCAAGCUUGGGAGGUUCCUCUGCUUAGGAGGUUCCUCUGUCAGUGACCUGCCAAAACAUCAAUAA